AAUAUUGAUCAUCAACAAUCAAAUCAACAAAAUGAGUUUUGAACGAUUGAAUACCCCCAAGUCUGGUUUUAGAAAGUUCUUUCAGUCUUUAGAUGAGUGGUUUGAAUACAAAGAUAAAGGUAAAUGGAUAGAAGAUAUGAAAGGUAGCAUAAUUUUAGCAGCUUCCAUGAUAGCAACCAUGACAUUUUCACUCGGUACUAAUCCACCCGGCGGCAUCGUGAGUGUUAGUCUCGAGAACGUAUCUAGUUUCGAAUCUUUCGAUGAACUUUGUUCUAAUGUCACCGGAAUAUGCGCCGGAUCAGCGAUCUUGGGUAGUUUGUACACUAAUACCUAUGUUAGAUUUUUGGUAUGUAAUACAAUUUGUUUCAUUGCAGCAAUUAGUGUUAUUUUCUUGCUUGUUAGUGGAAUUCCUAUGGACAAUACAUUUUCAAUAUGGCUUUUAUCAACAUGCAUGUGCAUCACUCUCACAAGCCUUGCUCUUACCUACAUGGUUGCUGCAGUCAUGAUCACACCAGAUUCCAUUUUGAACAACUAUGAUAAUCCGUUUGCCAUUGCUCUUCUUGUUUGGGUUGCCUUUGUGCUACUUGUUCAUGGUGUUCACAUUGUUCGCUUCUUAGUGAGGAAAAUAUGCCGCAAAUGCCUCAAAUGAUGACUAACUUAUUUGUAGCAAUUAAAUUGAAAGUCCUGUCCUUGUGGUUUUAUAAUUAAUAUUUCUUAUCUAUUAUGUAUUUGUCAAAAUAAGUAUCGAUUACAUGUAAUUGUAUUUGUUGUAAUUUCAUUAUUGCAUUGAGUUGAAAACUUGAAA